AUGGGUAUCUGUGCCUCGUGCCUGGGCGGUAAUCGUCACGAAUCCCCCGAGCCCGAGUCUUCUCGUCUUCUGGAUGAGGAUCCUUAUCAGGCUGGGUAUGGCUACGGAGCGCUCAACCAAGCCCAGCAAGCCAAUCAGCCGGAUCCGGAGUAUGUGAGACGCGAGAGGGAGGCCCUGGAUGCCAUUUGCCAACGAACGUCGGACACCGUCAUCGAUAUCUGGUCCCUACAACCCCAACCGCAUCUCCAACCGCAUGCAACCCUCCAUGUUCCUCGAUCCACGUCAACAUCGCCCACUACAAAUGAUGGAAGUACUCAUCUCAUUGUCACUUCAGAUCAGGCAUCGACAACCAGUCGCCCCAACUCCGGAGGUGCGGUGCCCAAGCACUGGGGUGAGGUCACCUCCGAUGAUAUUGUUUCAUCUUUACCUUCCUUCGAGAGCAGCUCGAGCUCUGUUCCCCUCGUACUCGUCACCCCGAACCUUGCUCACUUACUCGAUCCUACAUCAACAUUCAUUAGCGACUUGAUAAGCAAGAUACUUCAAAAUGAGCCACAAAAACCCGAUACCGUGCAUGCGAUCGCGGCUGUGGUUGACAGGAUUCCGAAUAGUGCCCUGCGGCGGUCCGAGGCCUUAUUAGCCGAUACUAUUGCUGAUAUAGAAGAGUUUGAUGGUGUGUCUAUGUUGAUUGCAGAAGAGGAUCAUGUGCAAUGGAAAGCUACGCCGCCUCGCCGGAUCGGAAGCCCAGCUGGUGACGAACCUAGUUUAACGGUCUCAAUUCGGGAUACAACCUCCGUCCAUGCAGUUGGCCUACGCCUUUCCAACACUGUCUUUCUCAAUGGAAGCGAACGAACCUUCGUGGGCAUGCGCUGGAUUGCCCGGAAAGAUGCAUAUGUCUUGGAUAAGUCUGCAGACCUUGCAAGCUGCGUUGUUACAUCCACACAGGACAGUGUUCGCCCCAAGCUGAUGCUUCCACUAGAGCCGGUCACUCAACGACGAAGGGUGAUAACAGGAAUGGGAAAUAUCCUGCGACAGCUGGCUAAAUCAACGGAAGGGUCUUCGAAUGAGCCAAUGCCUGCAUCCACGGAGCUGGAGAAGGAGCUUCCACGGUACAUUGAAGAACAUAAUAUCGCCGACCGAAGAGUAUCUGUCUGGGCUUUGGUUGAGACACCUGACGUGGAAAUUGCUGAUCCCAAUUCAUCCAUACAAGAUCAACUAACCCAAUCACUGCGUCAAGGGGGUAAAUUACAUCGCGUGAUGAGUGGCGGAGGCGGCUGGGGAAAGAAGCAGGGUCUUCUCUCCCUAGAUCCAGAGAUUGCUUUCUCCGCUAUUGUUCUCCCUGACAAGCCUACCAACCUUGAUCAAGUUUUUGAACCACAGUCUAAUGCAAACGAACCUUUGAAGCUGCCAUCAUUCCUCGAAAAUGGUUUAAUAGGGGAAGAUCUCUCCCAUCUCUCCCAAGUUGCCAAUACAGGGGAUUUCAUUCAAUUUUUUGUGGCGGUAGAACCAAGAUCAGAGCCAGUAUCCAGAGCUCGGGAUCAGACAGGAUUGGCAUACAGCUUUGGCGUAGUGUCCGAUGCUGAAGAGCCACAGGCUCGCGGGGGCCAUGGGGAUGAAAAGCAUCUUGAAAUGGUAGUCGAUACAUUUGGUGCUAUGUCCGAGAAGGCGAUCACCUAUUCUCAGCCGGUGGCCCGAGGCGGCAAGGUGGUCGAAUCCAGCACAAAGUUGGAUAUUCCGGGAUGUCAGGUCACUCUGGGGCCUAAGAGAUUAUAA